AUGGCUGAUGACCCUCCCCACAGCCUAGUUGUUGCUCCAGAAGUGCACCUUCCAGUCCCCAAGGAGAUCUCCACCAUUCAAGGAAAAAAUCCAAUCACAAACUGUGUGAGCAUCUUGGCCUUCCUGUUUGCCAUUCGGGACAUCAAUCGGAACCCCCGGCUCUUGCCCAAUGUCACUUUGGGCUACAACAUCUACGACAACUACGGUGAUGCACGUCUGAGUUAUGAUGGCUUGUUCUACCUGCUCUCCUCUGGGCAAAAUAAUAUCCCGAACUAUCACUUCGGAAGAGAGAAGACCCUCCUGGCUGUUGUUGAAAGGGAUGAGUCUGAAAUCUCCAUCCAGAUUUCACAUCUGAUGGGCAUCUUCAAAAUCCCACAGGUCGGUUAUGGGUUUGUUUCCCACAUUCUUAAUGAUCCAGUUCGGUUUCCUUUUUUCUAUCGGACGGUUCCGAAAGAGGAGCAGCACUACCCGGGGAUUGUCAGACUGCUGGUGCAUUUCGGAUGGACGUGGAUCGGUCUCAUCGCGUCCGACACUGAGACCGGAGAACAGUUCCUGAGAGUCUUUCCUCCUCUGGCCAGCAGGAGUGGGGUUUGUGUGGCCUUCUCACAGACUUUCCCAACCGUACAGCUAUUCCUGAAAGAUGCAUUGUUCUUGUCGUCAGAUGCAUUUCGCUUGUGGAGGGAGGUCAAUGUAUUUGUUUCUUAUGGGGAGACACAAGUUUCGGUCAAUAUAUUUAUCCGUAUGCAAGCACUAGCUGAAAUGUGGAUCCAGCCCCCUGUGGGGAAAGUCUGGAUCACCACGGCCUUGUGGGACCUCACCUUCUACUUUUUGAAACCACAUUUAACUUCCGAUCAACUCUAUGGCUUCUUUUCCUUUUCAAUGCAGACAAUCAAAAGGAUAGGAUUUUUCACUUAUGCAAAAUUGUACUCUUCCAUCGAGCAGUUUUGGGAGCAAUCAUUCCAUUGCGUGUAUUCGAAGCCCGCUUUGUCCGUGAAAGGCCAAGUCAGCUGUGCAGAGAGAGAGAAUCUGGAGGACCUUCCCCAGGAUAUGAUCGAAACGAUCUUUUCUCGAGACAGCUACCUUACCUUCCAUGCUGUCCACGCUGUGGCAUGGGCCUUACACGCCGCUUACGCAACAAGGUCCAAGCAGCUUCAUGCUUUCCUGAGGAACAUCCCACUUUCCAAUACUUCCGCGGGUAAAGUGUACUUGGAUGAGAACAGGGACGUUGCAGUAGAUUAUGACAUUGUGCAGUGGGUGGGAUUUCCCAAUGACUCCCACGGGGGAGUGAAAGUCGGGACUGCGGAGAGACAGCCAUCCGGAGAGUCCAAAAUCACUGUUCACCAGAAGGCCAUUAUGUGGCCCAAGAAGUUAAACCAGUCCAUACCCUAUUUUAGGUGUUCAAAGAAUUGUCAGCCUGGACAAGCCAAGAUGACUCAGGAAGGGAAGCCAUUUUGCUGCUAUGACUGUGUCCCAUGCCCAGAAGGAACCGCCUCCACAAAGGAAGAUGCAGACCAUUGUGACAAAUGUCCGGAGGAUCAGCAUCCAAACAGUGACCAAGAUAAAUGCGUGUUGAAGGCUAUAAUUGUGCUUUCCUAUGAAGAAUCCUUGGGGGUUAUCCUAACUGUCAUUCCUCUCCUCUUUUUUCUACUCACUGGUGGUAUUUUAGGGCUCUUCAUUAAAUUCCGAGAUACUCCAGUAGUCAAAGCCAACAACCGGGUCCUCACCUACAUUCUGCUGGUUUCUCUCCUGCUUUCCUUCCUCUCCUCCUUUCUGUUUAUUGGCCAGCCAACAAAGGUGACAUGUCUCCUUCAACAAGCCACCUUCAGCACCAUCUUCUCGGUCUCUGUCUCUUCUGUCUUGGCCAAAACCAUCACUGUGGUGGUGGCCUUCAUGGCAACAAAGCCAGGGAACAGGGUGAGGAAGUGGCUGGGCAAGAAUUUGGCCAACUCCAUCAUCAUCUCCUGUUCCAGUCUCCAAGUUGGCCUCUGCAUCAUCUGGCUGGGAACCUCUCCCCCCUUCCCAGAGUCCGACAUGCACUCCCAGGCUGGGCAGAUCACGCUGCAAUGCAACGAAGGGUCUGUGGCCAUGUUUUAUGGUGCCCUGGGCUACAUGGGCUUCCUGGCUGCCGUCUCUUUCACUGUGGCUUUCCUGGCCAGGAAGCUGCCUGGGGCCUUCAACGAGGCCAAGCUGAUCACCUUCAGCAUGCUGGUGUUCUGCAGUGUGUGGGUGUCGUUUGUGCCCAUCUACCUGAGCACAAAGGGGAAAUACAUGGUAGCCGUGCAGGUGUUCUCCAUGCUGGCCUCCAGUGCUGGACUGCUGAGUUGCAUCUUUAUUCCCAAAUGCUACAUUAUUAUAGUGAGGCCUGAUCUGAAUACCAAGCAGCAUUUAAUGACAAAACUGAAUAGAUAA